AUGUCGUCCGCGUAUUCAUCGGCCAUCGUGUGCGGAAUAUUAUCUGUAUUAACUAUUCUCAGGAAUAAUAAUGAGCUGAUAAUCGUGAAGUUCAAUCUCUGUGAACGGAGGUCGAUGAAGAAGGAGACUCGUUUCAGCCAGCUCUCAUGGCUUAACUCCAACAAAGUGACCCUCGAGGGGAGGCGCGUCAGUCCCCUCGCCCAUCGCCUGCAGGAGCUAUUCUUGGAAGAAAAUGAAAUUGAGAAGCUGACCCAGGAUUCUCUCGCGGGGCUAUCCGGCCUCACCUCCUUGUACCUCCGUCGGAAUCGCAUCGGCAGAGUCCUCCCGGGGGCCUUCCAGCACCAAGGGCGCCUAGUCGAUUUCAUUUUGGACGGAAAUCCCUUGACGACCAUAGCGGGCGCCGUCCUUAGAGAGUUGCCAGCUCUCGCCUCUCUGUAA